AUGUUACCCGGAGGGCCCAGCCAGCCAGAGUCUAGCAAUGAAUCCAUACCACUGGUGGCAUCAGCGGUGCAGGAUGACCAGGAGUCCAAGCCUGUUGUCCACGACGGGUCUGCGACCGUCCUCUCUAGCUCGUUCAAUCUUUCCAACACCAUCAUUGGGUGUGGGAUAAUGACGCUGCCGUUCAACCUCUACAACUGCGGCUGGGUUCUGGGCAUGUUCUGUCUUUUAUUGGUCGGGCUCUCGUCUGGCUAUGCGUUUAAUUUGCUGACCGUGGCCAGUGAGUACACUGGCUUCUUCCAGUAUCGGGACAUAGCGCUCAAACUUUAUGGCCAGAAGUUCUCUCUCUUCAUAGGCAUCAUCGUAAUAAUUUACACGUUCGGGUCAAUAGCAUCCUAUUGCAUAGUGCUGAGAGAUAACAUGUUCUGGUGGUCUGAGCCUACCUCCGAAAACGACUAUAAAAAGAAGAGCCUCCUGUGGGGGAUCAUGACCUUUAUCAUUCUGCCCCUUUGCCUCCUGCCCCGGAUAGACUUUCUCAACUUUACAUCUCUGGUUGCCCUUGCCAGUAUCUUUUAUGUGAUCUGCGUCGUGGCAGGCUUCUAUUUGCUUGUCACGUAUGUUCCCGGUAAAAUACUGUCCAGCGGUCCUCCCCAAGCCCUAAACUUUUCCAUAGACGCUUUCACAGCCUUUCCGCUAUUCACGACCGCGUUCUGCGGCCAUUACAACAGCAUGAAUAUAUACCGCGAGCUUAAGGAUCGUUCUAUUCGCCGCAUGAACAUCACAAUAUUGAUAACCAUGGCUGUUACGAUUCUUUUCAACUCCGCAAUGGCUCUCUUUGGCUACUUUGCGUUUACAGAUACUGUGGCGUCGGACAUCCUCAGAAACGUCUCUCAGCUCUCAGGGGCGUCUGUUUACUUCCAGAUUGCAAACACAGCGAUGAUACUCGUCAUGCUGUUUUCCUAUCCUCUAGUCAGCUUCGGGGUCAACAAGGCCUUCCAAUCCCUCAUAUGGAAGCCCGGGCAGAAGGUUCCUUUCAAGUGGUCCCUUAUGUUUGCCCUUAUAAAUGUCUUUGUGCCCGCCAUUAUCGCUACCUUUGUGUCUGACAUCGACCACAUCCUUUCCUUUACUGCUUCUCUUUGCGGGUCCCCGAUGGUCUACAUUAUCCCUGGCUUCUUUGGAUACACCAUUUCUAAGCGCCAAGGAGGGCCAAAGUACCGUCUAGCGUUAAGUCUCAUCCUGAUCAUCCUCGGGGUGUUUUAUUCUGUUAGUGGUUUUUCGUCUGCGCUUUAUACGAUUGCCAUAAGGCCAGCUCUAGAAAAGUAG